UUCAGUUGAUGUGUGUUGUACGAGAGUGCGGGGUGGGUGCCCACUGCUGACUGGCUGGGCCAGGCUGCCCAGUGUGGACACAGUAACCAUAGUCAUGGCGAGGACUGUGGUCUAUGCUGUUUCGGCCGCCCUACUAGUAGCUGUGGCUGCAUCCCAGAGCAUCGUCACAUGUGGAGAAUGUGAUAGGGAUAAUGGUACAGGUGAAGCCACAUGCGAGUGUGAGGACUCUGGGGCAGUAUGUGGCAGUGAUGGAGUCACUUAUACCACCCUGUGUCACUUGCUAAUGGAAACUGCAGAGAGGCCUGAUCUCAGCGUUGCUGUCAGAGGGCCUUGCAAAACAGCCCCUGUGAUUAAAUCCAAGCCAGAAGAUAAGAUAAGACCACUUGGAAGCAUUCUGGUGUUGGAUUGUGAGGCUGUCGGUUACCCUGUGCCUGACAUUACAUGGGAACUGAACCGCCCAGAUGGAUCAUCGUUCAAAUUGCCUGGUGAUGACUCUUCAUUUGCUGUUCAAGUUCGUGGUGGUCCUGAACCUUACAUGAUUACUGGGUGGGUUCAGAUCAUGCGUGUUACAAAUGAAAAUCUCGGUAUCUACAAUUGUGUGGCUACCAAUUCUGAGGGAGAGGCUCGUGCUUCUGUUUCUCUCGCUACAGAGAAACUUGAUGAAAAAGCGAGUUCCAUUAAAAAGCUGUAAUCAUCUAACAAGUGAUGAGACAGGCACAAUGUCAGCUGUAACCACUGCCAUAGCAUAUAAUUUUUUUUUUCCUACAUUUAAGAAAAUAUUUUAUAAUAAAUCUCGAAUUUUUGUAUCUUAUGAAUAGUAUUCACAAUAAUGUAUUCCUCUAAAGCAACCAUGCCAUAAUAGCAACAAAAAAAAUUUGUAUGUCUCUACAUUUGAUAAUUACUAUUAAGAUGCACCUUGUUAGAAAUAUUUAGUGUUGUAAUGCAUAACUGGUCAAGUCACUAGGCUAAGAUUUACUAUUUACACUGGUAUCAUUAUUUUUAGUAAAACCGUAGGUUAUAUUUUGUUUAAAUGUUCAAUAAAGUCUAAGAAUUUGG